AUGCCACACAAGGAGCACCUCCCAGCAAUUCCUCAAACUCUACUGGUACCGCGCCGUCGCCAUUGCCGGGCACUGUCGUUCCAUCGAAUUUCACAAACUCCUCCGGCUAUGAGAACACACUAUAUUUCGCAAAUUGGUAAGGCAAUAUAUGGUGCACAGUAUCAGCCUCAGUCCCUCCCGGCGUCAUCAGUCACCCGCAUCCACUACGCAUUUGCCGAUAUUGAUAGCGAGGGCAAUGUGGUAUCCUCAGAUACGUACGCAGAUCUGGAGAAACACUAUACAACUGACUCUUGGAGCGACAAUGGCACCAAUGCCUAUGGCUGCGUCAAGCAGCUCUAUAUCCUUAAGAAACAGAACCGUAACACGAAGGUUCUCCUCUCCGUCGGCGGCUGGACCUGGUCCUCCAAGUUCUCACCCAUAGCUGCCGACCCGACAAUGCGCCAAAACUUUGCCUCCAGCGCCGUUCAGCUCGUUACUGACUGGGGGUUCGACGGCAUCGACAUCGAUUGGGAGUUCAACGCGUAUAUUCCUGCCGCAGAGGAUACUCAGAACAUUGUGCUGCUCCUCCAGGCCGUCCGUAACGCAUUCAAUGCCUGGUCAGCCUCACACGCCCCCGGGUACCACUUCCUCAUUACCGUCGCUAGCCCCGCUGGCCCGGCUGUGUACAGCCUGUGGGACAUCCCCGCCAUGGAUCCAUACGUCGACACCUGGAGCCUCAUGGCCUACGACUACGCUGGCGCCUGGUCCAACGCAACUGGUCACGCCUCCAACAUCUACUUCGAUGCAGAGGACAUGCCCGCCACGCCAUACAGCACCGACCAGGCCGUCUCUGCCUAUAUCGCCGCUGGCGUCCACCCGUCUAAGAUUGUCAUGGGACUGCCCCUCUACGGGCGUUCCUUCGAGGGCACUCUCGGCUUGGGCGAGCCGUUUGACGGCGUCGGCAGCGGGGACGACCUCGGCACCGGCCAGUGGCGGUUUCGAGACCUGCCCCGGCCGGGCGCGACCGAGUUCUACGACCCUGUCGCCAAGGCGAGCUACAGCUACGACGAGGCGACGCAGGAGCUUAUUAGCUACGACACUGUGCAGAGUGUCGAUGAGAAGAGCGCGUACCUCAAGAGCAAAGGCCUGGGCGGGGCUAUGUUCUGGGAGGCGAGCGACGACAAGAAUGGGACGGAGAGCCUGGUUGUCGCCAUGGCGGGCCAACUGGGGCGCCUGGAUGCUGCACAGAACCUGCUGAAUUAUCCUACGAGUCAGUAUGACAAUAUUCGGAACGGCAUGCCUGGAUCGUGAGAGAGUAGAGCAAGGCGGAGGGGAAAAGAUGGUAAUUUUUCUUCGGAGGUAAUGGGGGAUUGAUGAUUAUGAGUCUCACAAGCAUGAGUUCCUAUCCAUCUCAUGAAUAAUGACUGGCAUUUGGGUGGGAAAAAGAAGGAAGAAGAAAAGAGCAAAAAAAAAGACCCGGUAGCAUUCGUUGCAUAUAUUGUUGAUGUAUGCAUUCCUGGGGGUAUUGUUUCCCUUGUAUUGAAGUUUUCUUUCCUAUACUAUUCACCUCGAGACGGGACCUAUUUAUC